AUGGGCAAUGAUGUGAGAUCCCGUCUUCAUUUAAAUAAAAAACACGACCGUGAUCGUGGAGGAAAACAUGAAGGUGAAACAGGUCAUAAUAUUGCUUCUGGUCACAAUGAAGUCGAUAAUGCAAUUCUCAGUGGUCCUAAUCGUGCUCGUGCAGUAGAAUCAAAUGUAUCAGGUACUGGUAGCGGAGGAACAACUGCCCAUGAAGCUGAUAUGGCAAAUCCAACUAAUACAUCUCGUGGACGUCCUUAG